UUCCGCGUUUUCAUGCUGAACGCAAGGAUCCGGACUCCUGAAACUGAAAAUUCCGAAUAAAGUUGGGGCGCGUUUACAAAAAUUUUAAAAAAUGUUUUAAGAUAAUGUCUGUUAUGAGGGUCACUACCUUUUACAUCCCCGGGAUAACCCUGUAAUGGCAGAAAAAUAAUGAACUUCGCAUCUAUAAAAACCGAUCAGUUAAUUAAACGCGCUAGUGGUUUCAGUGAUUGAUACGAAAAAUAAAAAGUGAACAAUAUGGCAGUUGAUUUUUCGCCUGAGGACUUAAAAGUGAUAGAGACGAGGCAAUUUCAGUGCGACGAAAUUAUAAAUAAAUCGAGUAACAUUUUGGGGCUUUUUGGGCCUUACUGUCCAGGCAGAUUUGAUGGGUGGUCCUGUUGGCCUAGCACUCCUGCAGGAGAAAUAGCCAAUCAAUCCUGUCCAGCUAUAAUGAACUACGAUCCCAAUCGACUCGUCUUUUACAAAUGCGAGGAAGACGGCACAUGGAUCUUUAAUGAAAAAUUUAAUAAAAGUUGGGUAAAUUACACCACCUGUAUUAACAUCGAAGAUUUUGAAUUUCGUCAACAGAUUAUAUUGAUAUACUGUGUGGGAUACGGAGUGUCUCUGGUGGCUCUUCUCGUGUCACUUGCCCUACUCACUUACUUCAAAUCAUUAAGGUGUGCCCGGAUUACAGUCCACAUGAAUUUAUUCUCCUCAUUCGCAAUGAACAACUUUUUGUGGCUGUUGUGGUACAGUCUGGUGGUUAACGACCAGGACGUCCUCUCCGAAAACAAGUUAUGGUGUCGAGUCCUUCACGUCGUACUCUUCACCUUUCUCAUUUCAAAUUAUUCAUGGAUGUUGUGCGAAGGCAUCUAUCUCCACACCGUGCUGGUAUCUGCUUUUAUAUCAGAAAGGCGUCUUCUGCGUUGUAUGUUAGCAUUAGGUUGGGGCAUACCUCUCUUGACAACCUCCAUUUAUGCUCCUGUGAGGAGCGUCUUGGGAGAAAAUGUAGACGAGCUGGGGAGAUGCUGGAUUCAAGACGGCCGCUUUAACAAAAUCCUGAUGGUUCCGGUGGUCAUUACCGUAUUUCUCAACGUGAUAUUUCUGGUCAACAUUGUCAGAGUUCUCCUAAUCAAGUUAAGAAAGGGACCGGCUAAUGGCGGAUCGGGAUCAGGAGCAUCCAGAACAUCUCUCCAAGCUCUCAGAGCUACAAUGUUGCUGGUGCCACUGCUGGGCCUGAAUUUCCUUUUAACCCCGUUUAGGCCGGAGGCUAACCACCCCUGGGAGUAUGUUUAUGAAGUUGUUUCAGCGAUGACUGCGUCUUUACAGGGUCUUUGUGUGGCUAUCCUGUUUUGCUUCUGUAAUGGGGAGGUUAUAGCCCAAGUUAAAAGGAAAUGGCGUACCAUUAUGUUCCGACCGAGGGCAAAUUCGUGCACAGUCACCACCGUAUCGGUACGUAAGUUCGUUCGCUCAUCGUAUCCUGCAAAUGGAGAGGAAAAGGUAUGACUGGGCGCUAUUGGCCGUCGAGCCUCGAACUGGAUGGCUGCCAGAAGAGCUUCAACUGUAAUCGUCCGCAAUAUAGGCGAAACAACUGCUCAGUGUGUUUGAAAAUGAUGAUAGUGGGUUCAAUAGUACUAGAAAGUUAGGUUUUGGUACUGUUUACUAUGAAUGUAAAAUGUGGUUGUAGAAGAAUAUAAAUGUU